GCAGCAAGGAUUCGUUCUGUGAUCGUAUGGAUGAAGAGAUCCCACAUGGCUAAAGUAGUCCUGAAGGAAAAGCAACAACUCCUCAAGCUUCCCCAGCACAUGCUCCUUUUAGAUGUGAGGACGAGAUGGAACUCUCUGUUUUUGAUGAUGGAGAGAUUUUGUGAACAGUUUCCUGCUAUCCAAGCUGCAGCUAUAGACCAACGGCUUAGAAGGCCCAUGGAGAAGGAGAAACUGGCCAGAAUGGGCAAUGAUGACCUGAGGAAAGCAGAGGAGUUUGUGCUGCUGAUGAGGAUGCAUUACACAUCCACACUUGCUGUCUCCAGUGAAAAAAGUCCAACCUGUGGCCAGAUAUUGCCCAUCCUUCAGAAACUGCGCAAACAUUACACAGUGCAGGGAGACAACUCUGCAUUCGUCAGGAGCGUUAAGGAGAACAUCUGGAAUGAUCUUUCCAAACGUUACCAGGCAUUCCUGGAGGAAGCCACUGUGUUAGAUCCCAGAUUUAAAUCUAAAAUGGACAGGGAUGAAAUCUGGGAGAGGGUCAGGGCAUCAGCAGUGGCAGCAAACACAGAGGCAGUUGAGAAGCUGUCAGAGCCAAGAGAGACACAGGGGCAGGCAGAAGAAGAGAAUGGAGAAGAAGAGGAGGACUACAUGCCACCUGUAAAGCAGAAAAAGAGGACAGCCCUAGAGGAACUUUUCGAACAAGAGGACAGCAAGCUGCUUUCCACGCAGCAGCAGCCCCCUGUCUCCACAGCCCAGAGAGUGGAUCAAGAAAUCCAGCUUUAUAGAAGUCUUCCUCCCAUUCCAACCAAAGACAGUGCCAGUUUCUGGUGGUGGAAGAAGAGUGACACAUUGCCAGUGUUGUCAGCUCUAGCUGAGAAGUAUCUCUGUGUCCAAGCGUCCUCCACCCCUUCUGAAAGGGUGUUCUCCACUGCUGGAGACACCCUAAGUCCAGAAAGAUCUCGUUUCCUUCCUGAGAGGGCAAACAUACUAGGAGGUCCUGAGGAGCGAAUCUAUGUUCCAUCGGCCUACCACUUGCCCCUCAUGGACUCAGCUCACACCUCUCGGGGCUCUGGACACCCAGGUAGUCAGCGAACCCUCUCGCUCCUCAGUCAACGGUACUGGUGGCCAUCCAUGACCCAGGACAUCUCCCGAUAUGUCAAAGUUGCUCAGGCUGUACCAUCACCAAUACACCACGCAGGCUACCUGAAGAGCCCGUUUUACCACCAUCGGCCACGGAGGAAUUGUGUGAGCCCCCGCAGAUGGAGAGCUACCAACCGCCGCGACGUGUCAGACAGAGCCCAAGGUAUACUGGUGGAAAUAGAGACUGAGGACUGGCUGGUGGACUUCAGCACAGAGCUCCACCAGACACCCUUGCCCUUUCGACUCUACCGGGUCAGUCAUCACACCACCUCCGCCAUGGACUUGCGGAUCUUCCGCUGCGCUGUUUUUCCACCCCUGCGGCUGCAGCGGGCUCCUCCUUCCCUUCGUAUACACCUUGAUCCUCAAUCACACCGGCAUCGCCUCAGUCCUAAGGCAGUCUGA